GCUUAUGGAGCAUUGAGUUUUCCCUGGCACGAGCUGCGUGACUUGUACAUGGAAUACAAUAGUACAACUUCAUUAUUCUCCUAAACGCAAACUUCGGUGUUCCAUCUAUGUCCAGUUGACAAACGCUUGUCAUGAGAAUUGUCAUCAGAUUUGUAGGGCAGCAUCAAUAUUUGAAGGCGGAUGAAGAGGCAUCACACGUAAUAACCGACACUCUUGCUACAACGUUAGCUAACUAUCUGGGCAGCUAGGAAGCUGUUUAGCCUGUAACGUUAAUAUGUUGUUGGAAGUUUUGCAAGGAACAGAAGCGGGAGGAUUCAUUUUGAUACAAGAUUCUGUGAAUUACUGUGGUCGACACCUCCUGAAAAGCUGCAUCAAUACAGCACUUAAACGGGAAGAAGUGGUCCAUGUAUUGGGGUUUGAGGUUAGUCAAGAGGAACUCAAUGAUGGACUGGACAGAACAUCUGCACAGAGGCUGCACUUUCACAAUGCCUACUCUGACCCUCUCGGCUGGACCGGUAACUCACCGUUUACGGUCCACCAGUUUACCCUAGAGGACAUCGGCACUCUUCUCAAACAAACACCUCAGGCCAAAGCAGUGACACUUGUCAUUGACUCUCUGUCGUGGAUUUUGAGGCAUCACGACCCUGCUGCUAUCUGCCAGAAACUUCAGGCUCUCAAAAAAGGUGGAGUUGUGAGAGCAGUAAUUGGUCUGCUGCACUCAGACCUGCAUCAGCGAGGCACUGUGGGAAGCAUAUGCCACUUGGCUACCUCAGUCAUCACAGUGGCCCCAGGGACCAGAGGACUAGGAGCUGUCGCCAAAAUAACAAGACGCACCAAGUCGGGCAAGCUCAUGCAAGAUGAGGAGAUCUUCAGCAUCAAUGAGGACCUGACAGUUACAAUACAGAGCAAACGCAGUCAUCCUGGAAGCACACCGAUGAAUACAGACGAAUCUGAGGUGGAUCCAACAGCCAACCUGACCUUUAACCUGCGCCUGUCUGAUACACAGAGAGAGGCCAAAGAAAAACUGCCGCUUCCCUUCGUCUUCAGUAAAGAGAAGAAGUCAGCACUUCUGCACCCGGGCACCGGUUCAGGACGGAUCCUAUACGAGCCUGAUGCCAAUGAUGAUUAUGACCAGGAGGAUCCUGAUGACGACCUUGAUGUCUAGAGGACAGGCUACUAGCCAUGUAGAGCACAGUGCCCUGCUCCUUGCAGUUAAUGCCACUUUUGGACAUUUACAUGCCGGAAACCACAAUAAUAGCCUGGGUUCCUGCCUGAGAUAUUUAUUUUACUUUCCCAGAGGAGAUUUAAAUGAAAGUUUAACAAAAUACCAGGCUUACCGAAUGCCAGUUUUUGCAGUGGAGGAAGUUUAUUUGGGUGGAGUCUGUAAGUAUAGGAGAUAUAUUGCUUGUUACAACAAUCAAUUCAGGAAAAUUUCAGUGGAAGACUGAAUGAUGCUGAGAUCAGAUGCCUACAGCCUACGACAGGUCUCUGUUUAAAUAAAGGCUACUGUUUGCAGUUUGUCUGUAUAUUUUCUAACAAUUUAGUUAUUCUUUUGUAAUGAAAAUCCCUAUACUAUCACAUUUGUAAUGCCUCAAAUUGACACCUUUUUGUACAGAAUGCUUGCAGUUUCUACUGCAAACCACUGGUGUGUGAGCUUGAGUCUGUGGCCCUAUUGUUCGGUUCUACGCAUGUCUAGUCAGACCCAACACGUUAGCCACAGGAAAUCACAUAGACUAAUGAUAAAAUAGUUCCUAUAGUUUGUUGCUAAUUUUAGGCCUUUAAAGGAGCAACUGAGUUCUUGUGAUGGCCCUCAAGGAUGCAAUUGUAUACCAACUCAAUGGUCAAUAAAAGCUUGGCACUGGU